CGGGCCGGCGCCGCGGCGGGCUCUAGGACUGCGGGGGGCGCGGCGGAGGCGGGCGGGUUGAAGGGCUCCCACCUGCCCGCCCGGAGCCGCCUCAGUCUCCGGUGCCGCGGAGCGGGCGGCUCGGUCGCCGCGCUCCGCCGCCCCUGCCCCCGCCCGCCGGGCCGGGCCGGGAGCGGCGCUGGGCUGCGGGCGAUGCGGGGCGCAGCCGCCCGCGAUGUUCGCCGCGGGCAGGUUCAGCAUCCCGCGGCCCGUCACCAGGAACCUGGAGGACCUGGACUCGGUGCAGAGCGUCCUGCUGCACAGUGACCUUGAGCCCGAGUGGCUGGAUGGCGUGCAGAAAAAUGGAGAAUUAUUUUAUUUAGAAUUAAGUGAAAGUGAAGAAGAAACUCUGCUUCAAAACAGCUGUCCAGAAAUGCCAGCUGUGAAUCAUGUCAGAUUUCGUGAAAAUGAAGCUGAAGUUAUUCAAGAGGGAUCACGAAAAGAAAGAAAAUAUGAACUGAAGAAAUUCACCAAACUUUUAAAAAAGAAGAAUCUUUUACCAAAGUAUUCUGGUAAAAAAGGCAGUGGAAGCUGUAAUGGGCGCUCCACUGGCCCUACUUCCAUACUGAAACACCAGUCCACUCAGAAAAUGGGUGUCACUGUCCAGCAAAAAUUCAAAGAUGUAUAUGUUUAUGUAAAUCCCAGAAAACUGUACAAUGCUGAAGGAGAGGAGCAGCUCAGGCUGCUGGAGGCCUUAGUAGGGAUUGUUCAUCAGUCUUCAUGGAGCAGCAAAAGAGCAGAAAAACAAGGCGGGAAGGAUAAAGGCAUCAGAGGAAACAGUGAAGAGAAGCUUGUAGUACAUGGUUUGGUGCCAGGUAGUUCAGCAAUUAAAACUGGCCAAAUUUUGAUUGGAGAUGUUCUAGUUGCUGUAAAUGAUGUUGAUGUGAAUUCUGAAAACAUAGAAAGGGUUUUGUCUUGCAUUCCAGGCCCUAUGCAGGUGAAACUUACAUUUGAAACAUCGAUCUUCGAGCCAGAAGGAACCUCUCAGCAAAGGUAUAAACGGGCCCAGUCAAGUAUGAACAAUCUAGUUCGGCUUCUGUGGGGAGAAGACAGUACGGACCUUCAACAGGCUAUCCAAAAUGUGCCUCAUAUCGUCAUGUUCCUCUCACUGAAACUGGAUUCUGAAACAUCUAAGGAUGAGCAAGAAAUUCUUUAUCAGUACCCUAUAUCAGAAGCAUCCCAAAAACUGAAAAGUGUGAGAGGAAUAUUUCUCACACUGUGUGACAUCCUGGAAACUGUUACUGGUACCCAGAUUAUCAGUUCCUCCCUUUUCUUAUGUGAAAAACUGGUUCAAGUUGUUUACUGGAAAGAAUCUGACAAGUUGCUUGUAAUCGGUCUUCCUGAAGAAAGUGUGCCACUUUCUCAACUGAGGAACAUGAUUGCAGAUAUUGUGAAGACCUUAAAAUUUAUGUACAGUUCUUUAGACAGCGCUUUUUGCCAGGUGGAAAAUGUUUCUCGCUUGGAUCAUUUUUUCAACCUGUUCUUCCAGCGAGCACUUCAGCCUGCAAGACUCAAUGCAAAUGCCAGCCCCAGUGCUCAACACUAUGAUACCUGCAGUGCUUUAUUCUUAGACAACCUCCCAGGCCUGCGCUGGCUGACAUUGCCUCAGGAAAUCAAGAUGGAAAUUGACACAGCCCUGAGUGAUCUGGAAGCAGCUGAUUUUGCAGAGCUGUCUGAAGAUUACUACGACAUGAGAAGAUUGUAUAUGAUUUUGGGUUCUUGUCUCUUCUACAAGGGUUACUUGAUUGGUAAUCACUUGCCAAAGGAAGAUCUUAUUGAUAUAGGUUCAUAUAGUCGGCACUAUUGUCUGUUACCCUUGGCAGCAGAACAGAAGAUUGGUCAGUUAGUGAUAUGGCGGGAAGUAUUUCCACAUCAUCAUAUCCAGCCAAGUGAUGCUUCAAGUCUUACAGGAUACAGGGAACCUGAAGCAAGAUACUUUUUAUUGAUAGUUGGCUUGAGACACUUCAUGCUGUGUGUUCUGCUGGAGGCAGGCGGUUGUGCAUCGAAAGCCAUUGGGAAUCCAGGACCAGACUGCAUAUAUGUAGAUCAGGUCAAAGCCACACUACUUCAGCUGGAAGGAAUAGAUGCCAGCAUAGAAGAAAGGCUAGAUUCUCCCUCUAUUCCACCUUUAUCUUGUGCCGACUGGUUCCUUCCUGUGACACAUGACAAAGUAGAGAGCUUGACAACCUCACCCAUCCUGAGCAAGCUACAAAGUACUUCCAAAACAGUAACUGCUCCAGCAAGCAAAAGGACCCUGUUUGGUGACUCUUCUUUAAUGACACGUAAGCCAAGUCCUACAAGAACCAGUGGAGGACCUGACCGUAGUAAUGAAGGUCCUGCAGAAGAUGGAAGCACUAAUCCACAGUCUGCAUCAGAUCAGGUCUCUAAAAAAAACCAUACCCUACCAAAUCCAUUUCACUUAGGAAACCUUAAAAAGAACCUUUCAGAGAGGGAUGCAGAACUUUAUAACACUAUCAAGUUGACAUCUGGUCCUGAGAAUACCCUCUUCCACUACCUAUUUUUGGAAACAAUGCAAGGAAUCUUUAUUACUCCAACUCAUCAAGAAGUAGCACAGCUUGGUGGCUCCAUCCACCCUCAGUUAAUCGAGAAUUUCCAUCGUUGUUGUCUUUCAAUUCGUUCCGUUUUCCAGCAGUCCAUAAAGAAAGAAAAAAAGAAAAGAGCGGGCAGCAGGAUUUCAGAAUUCAGUAAGGCAGCUGCAGAUCUAGAUAUAAUAAAAGAACACGGGGUUUUGUUUGAGUGCUCUCCUGAUAACUGGAAUGAUCAGAAAAAACCACCCCCAACAAUGAGUUACUGGGUUGUGGGGAGACUCUUCCUGCAUCCGAAACCUCAGGAGUUUUAUGUUUGUUUUCAUGACUCAGUCACAGAAGUUGCUGUUGAACUGGCCUUUAAACUGUCCUUUGGCUUAGCUACAUAGAUGAGCUUUCUGACUAUUCAGCAGUCCUGCAUGGCAUUGUAAUCUCUCCACAGUACUUACAUAUCAAGAGAAAUUAACUGAAUUGUGGUACCCAUCUAUGGCACAUAUGUGAAACACUUUUAAAGAAGUAAAUCUACCUUGUGGUAUGACACAGGCGUAAAACUUGUGAUGAUUUAUUAUCUAAUCAACUUAACACUAAAAAAGAUUUCAGAGAACCAAAUCCCUUAUUUUUCUACACUGUCAAAUUAUUUAACCUGAUUAUAUUUUUAUUAGAUGAAAACAUCACCAUAGUUUGUACAUUCACUGGUGUUCACUCUACAAUAUUCAGUGUAAAAUGGUAAGCUGAUAUGCUCAAAGUACUCUGAAUACUCGGCAAUCAGUGAUGAAGGAAAAAAUAAAUUUUCCAGUUAAUUAAAAUUUUGUGACUCUAAGGACAUGAAAAAUCCUGAAUGUUUUCAGUAGCCUUGUGUUAAUGAAACCAGAAAGAAAUCUUUUAGCAGAUUAAUGGCACUUAGCCAUCUAAAGCUAACAGCUUAUCAUUUUUUUUUCCAGUAUGCUCUUCUGCAUACUCGCAGACUAUAGCAUGUUUGACAUUUUACUUGAUUUCAUGAGUUUUAUUGUAAAUAAUACUUAUAUUUCCUAUAAAGCAGUUUUGAAGGCACAAAAGAAAAUGUGUAGGGAAAAAAAUAGUAGCUGGUAGUUUUGCUUGAUACUUAUGCAUGAACUUGGCUACUUUUAUAUUAUUCUUAUGAUUUUAUAAUAAAGAAAUACGUUUAUUUGUCAAAGGUCAGUAAAAUAUAACCUUAAUUUUUGUACUUAA